AUGAAUAUCGUACACGUUCCCAAGAAGACCCCGGUGUCACCCGACACCCCCUCCUUCGGAAUCGAAUUCGAAUUCCUCAUCGCGGUUCUCGCUAAACCCUCCAUCGCAAACCCCAACCCCUCGGAUCCACGAACCGUCUAUUUUCCCUCCACCCCCGAAGAUAACGCACCAGCCUACUUCCAAAUCCCCGUCGGAAAAGAAGACUGGGCCAAUGAAUGGUCCAUCUACGCACACAUCAAACGCAGCCUCGCCUCCAUCGGUCUCCCCACCGAACCCGGAAGAGCCCAUUCCAAUUUCGCCAUGUGGGAAGUAACCGGAGACGGCUCCAUCACGGCUCCCAAACCCCCUCACCAUCGCCACAAGAAAGCCUACGCCGACUGGCAAGCGUACACCUACUACCCCAUCGAAGUCCGCACGCCCGCAUACUACCACUCCGAAGAUGCGCUCCGCGACGUCGCCGAUUUCUGCAAAAUCAUGCGCAGGAAUUACCUCGUCACCGUCAACGAAUCGUGCGGUCUCCACGUCCACAUCGGCUACGGCACGCAGGGAUUCACUCUCCCGCACCUCCGUCGUCUGGGCGCCAUGAUCCAGGCUUUCGAGCCCCAAUUCGAUUCCAUCCAUCCGGAACAUCGCAUCGAUUCCCGCAACGAUCACUGUGUUUCUUUCCGCGGAAACACGUAUUUCCAAUGGAAGUAUCAGCAGGAUCAUAGAAGAUCCCCGCGCGUGCUUGAAACUAUCGCGACGCUGCUCGCGUGCGAAAGCAGAGAUGCUUUUUGGACGUGUGUGGCGAGUGAGGGGGCCGCAGGCGCCCAUUCUUUCGUGGGACAUAAGACCGCGUGGAAUUUUGAUCGCAUGGGGACGGAGAUGAGACCGCGCGAUAGCUGUGAGCCCGAUACGAUUGAGUUUCGGGGACAUGCGGGAUCGUUGGAUGCGGAGGUGGUGGGGAAUUGGGUGAGGGUUUUGGUGGGGUUGGUGGCGUACUCGAGGAGUCCUGAUCCGUGGGCCUUUGGGGAGUUGCUUUCCAGAGUGAAGGAGGAGAAGUGGGGGAGGGGGGAGAGAGAUCAGAGGAUUACUGGGAGAGGUAGGUAUGAACCCGGUGGGGUUAUGUAUCGACCUGUUUUCGGAGAGGACUGGUGUGGCUUGGUGGAUUUACUGCGGGUUUUGAAACUCGACGGUCCGGCUCUGUACUAUGAGAAUCGGAAAGGUAGGUGGUUGCAAAACGGAGUUUUCAAUCAUUGGUAUACGCAGGCUCCGAGCGAGUAUGUUGUUACACCUAUUCAUGAGGAUGAUAAUGAUAACGAUGAUGGAGAAGAUGUCAUAUCCCCACCAUCAUCCAAAUCAUCUUCGUCUUCGAAAUCCGGUCGUUUCAAUCCUUUCAAUCCGAAUCCGAUUACUCCUGAGAAACCGGAUGAGCAUCCUGGAGAGAAGAAACCAGAAGCCGAGGUCGCAAUACCAGUUGAUCUCACACAAUUCGGUAUCGAUGUCGGAUUUUCGGAUGCGCCUUCUUCGACAAAGGUAAGCCUUCCCCAUCCUUCUUCAGCAAAACCGUCGAGCAGAAAAUCAGUCUCUCCGGAUUCUUUUCCCAUGCGCCCGGAUGCUGGGGUAGCUAUCGAGGUACAUCCCCCCGCAUCUGAUGUUUCUUCUGAGAAACCGGGUGUUGCGGAACCAGAUACUAAUGCCCCAGAACCCAAACCUACUACCAAACCGCACACCGGAUUCCAAGUCCCUUCUUCUUCUUCUCCUUCUUCUGCAACUACUAAUUCUAGCACCAAAUCAGUUUCCCUUCCUUCAUCUCACUAUGAACGUGAAGCUGCCAAGGCUGCCGCGGUCACGGCAAAAUACUGGGAGGAGGAACGGGAGAGAGUUGCAGCGGAGGCAGAUGCCGAGAUAGAUAAGAGAGAUAAAACCAUAUAUGAGAAGACGGAAAAGAACAGGAAAAAGAGCAGCAUGGAUAUCGGAAGCGAGCGAGCCAUGAGCACACGAAGCGCAGGCUCAACACCCAAGUUCGAGGACUUGGGACCGCGAGAAGAAGACGUGUGGGAGCCACAGGGAUGGCAAGGUGUAGGAGGAGAAGCGGCAAGCGAGGAGACGAAAAUCCUCGAGGAAGAAAAGAAACGCGUGGAAGAGCAAAAGCGCCAGGAGGAAAAGAUUCGGAAUCUGAAACCGGGCAUCGGCUAUCUGAGACCCGUUCGUCAUCCUCCUCUUCGCGCUCUCCCGGGCGCAGUCAAAUUCACCAAACGCGGUAAGGAUCAACACUCGCAUCUUCUGCAAGGUACGACUGCCGAAGAAAUCGAAGCUCUCGCCCCCAACACAUCCAACUUCCUCGGGCGCGCCUUCCACCGCGCCUUCCGCGCCCCCUCAACACCCUGGCUCGAACACGCGCCCCCCGGCGCCGGCCUCAAUCCCAAACGAAUGCCCUACCCCGGCCCCGUCCCCGAAAUGAACGAAUACAUCGGGCCCGCGCUCGAAGACGCCCUCAACAGCACCAUUGGCGAGCCGUGGGUCUGGGACCACGGUCUCCGCACGCGCUCCGCGGGCUUCGCGCACAUGCUGCGCGGCCACCAGCUGUGCGAUGUGUCGCCUACCAUCAAGAUGCGUCUCAUUGGAUAUAAUUUCGUCAUCGAUCACCAUACGCGGGCGAAGAAAAUCCAUACCCUUUUCCCGGCGCGCGCGCACCACGUGCAGGGAUUUGAAGAUGCGGAGGAUCGCUGGUGGAGGGGACAGCUUGCUGAGGGGGAGAUUGUCAGGUUGGAGAGAUUGGCGGCCAGUUCGGAUGAGGGGGUUGCGUUGACGGCGUUGGAGAUGCUGGAGGGGUGGUGUAGGGGUGAUAGACAGUAUUUGUAUGAGCCGGCGGGUGUGCAGAAUCCGUUCAAGGCGGGGACGAGGACGCAGCUGCAGGCGGACGAGGAUGUUAGUCCCGGGGCGGUGGUGUUGGGUCCGGAGAAUGAUCCGCAUGCGAUGACGGCGUCUGGGAUGAGAGAUCCGAGGACGGAGGAGAGGAGGAUGUUUAGAGAGAUAUUUGAGGCGGAUGAGAGGGCGAGGUUGGAAUUGGAGGAGGAGGAGGGGGAGGAGAUGGAGAGGGAGAUUGAGAGGGUGGAGUUGGAGAAAAAGAGGAGGAUGGAGUUUGCUAUGGCGAAGAUUCUGAAGAUGAGAGCUGAGAAUGAGGAGAAGGAAAAAAAGAGAAAGGAAGAGGAGGAAGAGGCGGAGAAGAAGAAGAAGGAGGAGGAGUAUGUGGAAGAUACAACUAUAGCGGCGCCGGAGUCGGAAAAUAGUUGGCAGAGAGGUGAUGAGGGGGGGUUUGGAACGGUUUAG